CGGUCUUUAUUUUGAAUUCGAUCAAAAUUCUUUAAAUUUUAAAAAGCAAAGCAAUUUGCUAUGGGUAGAGCAGCUGGAGUUAGUAGAAGAAGGAAAAAAAAGUACAAUUAUAAUAAGAACCUAAAAAAACUUCAUAAAAGAUGCUUGCUUUGCCUAAAAUCAAGUGUGACCAGCUAAAAAGUUCUUGGGAUGCCUCCAAAAGCUACCUAAGGAAUAUGAGUGAAAUGGGAUUAGCAGAUGACCCUAACCGAGCUGUCCAUAAGAAAAAGCCCAAAAAGGCAAUGAAAAUGGAAGUUAUUUCUGCUUUGGAAGCAGAAGCAAAUGCUCCUCAAGAAAGGAUGUUAAGGUUGCCUACAGAGCCUAUCAAGUUCUGUGUCUACAUGAUUGAAAAAUAUGCUGAGGAUUAUGAGGCCAUGUCGAGAGAUCCAAAAAACUACUAUCAAUUGACACCCAGUCAGAUACGAAAGAAAAUCAACAAAUUCAAGAGUAUAUUGCCACAAUGGAAUGGAUACUUGAGAGCGAAGGGCUUGCUGGAGGGCGUUCCUACAGAUGCUUCUGAAUACCAGAUUGAUAUUCCGCAGAUUAUGCACGGUGAAGCUGCCAUGGAAACAUGAGAAAUUACACAUUUUUUAUACCCCUUUUAUGUAAAAUGGAAAAAAGAAAACUUGCAAAGAAAAUACAACAUGAACAUUAUAAAGACAAAAAAGUGUAAAUAUGUAUCAUUGUGUGUUAUAUGCUUGUAUAAAUUUUCAAAAAGGAAAUAGUCUGAAUUCUUGCUGAAUACUUUU